CUCUCUCUCUCCCCCUCCCUGAUCUCUCUGCCUUCCGCACAUCCAGCCUAGAAACAUGACGGUCACACCCUGCGACACACCUGAGGCGCUGUCGACUGCCCUGACCGGUGCUGGAUCCAAGCUGGUGGUGGUUGACUUCCACGCCACCUGGUGCGGCCCUUGCAAGCGGAUCGCUCCCUUCCUGGUUAAGCUGUCGGAGACUCUGACCGACGUCGUCUUCCUCAAGGUGGACGUGGACGAGAACAGCGACGCGUCGGAGAAGUACGGGAUCGAGGCCAUGCCCACCUUCAAGUUCAUCAAGAACGGGGAGGUGGUGGAGACGGUCACCGGUGCCGACGAGGCUAGCAUCGAAGCCACCGCCCGGCAGUUCAAGUAGAUAAAUACUUGUAUAAAAAGCAACGACUGACUAUGUUACCUGUGAUAACACCGAGAGAGGGGCAGGAAACUGCGUUGUUGUUGGUGCAUAGAUGAGGAAGAGAAGAGGGGGCCUGGCCCGUUUACGCGCUUUUUAUUGUGACAAGACAAGGCUGGGGAGGGGUAGGGUUUGCCGCGGCCCGGCACGUCAAGGACAAGACGUACUGACGUUGUACCAAAGAGCGGUAUUGUAUACAUGUAGGAAGGUUUGUGACAGCAGUCAGUAACGGAAAGGAUGCGCGUACAUGCAUGAUCAUGUUGGAGAACGGGGCAGCUUGUAGCUUGGGGUGCGUGUUUUCCGUUUUCCUUGGGCUUGCACGCAUGGUGGCUUCAACGCGAUCAGCUAGACUACAUGCG